GGCUGACUGUACUGCAGGAUUGCUCUGCUCCAUACUCUCCUGCCCUGUCGCCCUGAGAAGGUUGGAGCUGUCUCUGCCCUUUGGCUUUGUCUAGUUAUGGCCGCGGUGGCACCAUGGAUGUGAAAUCUGGCUACCAAAGCUUCUCAGGGAGCCUCCCAAGUUCCAAUAGGAUGAGUGGAUAUUGGUGCCCUUCACUGGCACAGAAACCCGUGCACGCCUUCUGUUUCCUCCUCCUAUUCCUGCGUUGCCCAUCCAGGAGCCAUCAGAAUGUCACUUCCAACCAUACCCUGACCCUGGCCGUGGUCCUUCCUGAGAGCAACAUUCGCUAUGCCUGGUCAUGGCCCCGUGUGGCCCCUGCUUUGCGCAUGGCAGUGGAAAGGGCACAGGAACUUCAGCUUUUGUCCGGGUACCAAGUGAAAUGGGUUUUCCUCACCUCGGAACUGAACGGGGCCUGCUCGGAAUAUGUGGCUCCCCUCAAUGCCGUGGACCUGAAACUUUACCACAACCCUGAUGUUCUCUUUGGUCCAGGCUGUGUUUACCCUUCUGCCUCUGUUGCCCGUUUUGCCACCCACUGGCGCCUCCCCCUUAUAACUGCUGGCGCCUUGGCCUUUGGUUUCAAGCAAGAUGAUGAUCACUAUAACACAACAGUACGGACAGGACCCACAGCCAUAAAACUUGGGGAGUUUGUGUCCCACCUUCAUGAGCAUUUCAACUGGAGCUCCCGGGCUGCUCUGGUGUAUCAUGAUGUAAAGAUGGACGACCGGCCGCACUAUUUCAUCAUAGAGGGGGUCUUCCUGGCUCUGGAUAAGGAGUUCAACAACCUCACUGUCAGUUACCAAAUGUACCCCAAGGAUGAGGAUAUCGGCAGCGUCAUCCAGUUCAUCCAGAACAAUGGCAGAGUGAUUUACAUAUGUGGCCCCCUGGAAAUGCUGCACAUGAUCAUCCUCCAGGCUCAUAGGGAGAAGCUCACGGACGGAGAUUACGUCUUUUUCUAUGUGGACGUAUUUGGGGAGAGUCUGAGGCCUGAUGGGACCAGAGAGGCUAAUAAGCCAUGGCAAGGAAACCACAGUCAGGAGCUGAAGGAGGCAUUCAAGACAGUGCUUGUGAUUUCAUAUCAUCAACCCGAAAAUGCAGAAUACUUUGAGUUCCAGAAGAAGCUGAUCCAGAAAUCCAAGGAGGAGUUUGGGGUGGAGCUGAACUACUCUCUGAUGAAUUUCAUUGCUGGUUGUUUCCAUGACGGGGUGCUGCUCUAUGCGCAGGCGCUCAAUGAGACCCUCAGGGAGGGGGGGAGCCAAAAGGACGGACUGAGUAUUGUUAAAAAGAUCCAGGACAGACAGAUGGAAGGCAUUACUGGCACGGUCAGCAUGGACAAAAACAAUGACCGAAAUACUGACUUUGAUCUUUGGGCAAUGACUGAUCACGAGGAAGGAAACUUUGAGGUUGUAGGACGCUACAAUGGGAUCACCAAGCAGAUUAACUGGACUGGAAAGCCCAUUCUCUGGCUAAAGGGAUCUCCUCCAUCAGACAGUCCUCCUUGUGUGUUUAAUGCUGAUGACCCCUCUUGCGUGAAAACAACAGUCUCAACACUGGCCAUUGUAGCCCUGGGUGCUGGGCUCACCUUGCUCAUCUUUGGCAUGUCCAGCUUUCUGAUACUCAGGAAGCUGAUGUUGGAGAAAGAGCUGGCCAGUAUGCUGUGGAGAAUCCGAUGGGAGGAGCUGCAAUUUGGGAAUUCCGAGCGAUACCACAAGACCGCAGGAAGCCGACUGACCCUGUCACUAAGAGGUUCUAGUUAUGGAUCUCUAAUGACCGCUCAUGGGAAAUAUCAAAUCUUCGCCAACACAGGACACUUCAAGGGUAAUGUUGUGGCCAUUAAACAUGUGAAUAAAAAGCGCAUUGAGCUGACCAGGCAGGUGCUGUUUGAGCUCAAACAUAUGCGGGACGUUCAGUUCAAUCACCUGACCCGUUUUCUGGGGGCUUGUAUAGACCCUCCCAACAUCUGCAUUGUUACUGAGUAUUGCCCCAGGGGUAGUCUGCAGGAUAUUCUGGAGAAUGAAAGUAUAAAUCUGGACUGGAUGUUCCGGAACUCGCUCAUUAAUGAUAUAGUGAAGGGGAUGUGCUUCCUGCACCGCAGUAUCAUUGGAUCUCAUGGGAACCUGAAGUCGUCCAAUUGCGUGGUGGACAGUCGCUUUGUGCUGAAGAUCACAGACUAUGGGCUCGGAAGCUUUAGAUCCUCGUGUGAAACCGACGAUGCUUACGCUCUAUAUGCCAAGAAGUUAUGGACAGCCCCAGAGCUUGUGCGGAUGACGAGACCCCCAGCACCGGGCACCCAAAAAGGCGAUGUGUACAGCUUUGGGAUUAUCCUACAGGAGAUUGCACUGAGAAAUGGCUGUUUCUAUAUCCUGGGAAUGGACCUCAGUCCAAAAGAGAUAGUACAGAAGGUGCGGAAUGGCCAGCACCCCUAUUUCCGUCCCACAGUGGACAUUAGUUGUCACAGUGAGGAACUGGGGAUCUUGAUGGAAAGAUGUUGGGCUGAGGAACCUUUGGACAGGCCUGACUUCAACCAGAUCAAGGCCUUCAUCUGCAAGUUCAAUAAGGAAGGCAGCACAAGUAUCCUGGAUAAUCUGCUUUCCCGCAUGGAGCAGUAUGCCAAUAACCUGGAGAAACUGGUGGAGGAACGAACGCAGGCCUAUCUAGAGGAAAAACGCAAGGCCGAAAACCUGUUGUACCAAAUUCUACCGCAUUCUGUUGCGGAGCAGUUGAAGCGAGGGGAGACAGUCCAGGCUGAAGCGUUUGACAGUGUUACCAUCUACUUUAGUGACAUCGUGGGAUUCACUUCAAUGUCAGCUGAGAGUACCCCGAUGCAGGUGGUGACGCUGCUGAAUGACCUGUACACCUGCUUUGAUGCCAUUAUAGACAAUUUUGAUGUGUACAAGGUAGAGACCAUAGGAGACGCUUACAUGGUGGUGUCCGGGUUACCUGUCCGGAAUGGAAAACUUCACACCAGGGAGAUUGCGAGAAUGUCACUGGCACUGCUGGAAACCGUCAAAACAUUCAAAAUCCGGCAUCGACCAAAUACCCAACUACGGCUAAGGAUAGGGAUCCAUACAGGUCCAGUAUGUGCUGGUGUCGUUGGUUUGAAGAUGCCGCGAUAUUGUCUGUUUGGCGAUACAGUGAAUACAGCGUCCCGCAUGGAGUCAAAUGGAGAAGCUCUCAGGAUCCACAUCUCGUCUGCAAGCAAAGAGGUUCUGGAUGAGUUUAGCUGCUUUAAGCUGGAGCUCCGAGGAGACAUUGAGAUGAAGGGAAAGGGGAAAGUGAGGACAUACUGGCUCCAUGGAGAACACAGAGAAGACGAUGUUAUCUGAGUUGGCUCCAUGUAUCAGAUCACUGCACUUUCAGCUGCUCCUUACACUGAUCCUGUGGGGGUGCUGCUCCAGAUCGGCCCCAGAUCUCACCCAUGUGGAGGCCUCGCUGGUUGGAGCAGCAAAUACCGGGCACUUCUUCUACUUUCCAUUUCUCAGAUGUCCCAUGUCUGGGUUGGAGCUGUAGGUUCCAUAUAAUACAUAUCAGCCGUAGAAGUAACGCUACCAGAACCAUCGCUAUAUUGUGGCCAGUAAUGGAGCCAGGACACUCCCCCAUGUACUGAAGCCAUCUGGCUAGCAAUAUAUGGCUCAGGCCUAGAGCCAAGUAAGUAUCAGCUUGUACACUCAGUGGCCCCAAUACACAUCUUAGGAAAGGCCUGGAAGCUCAUCCCUUUAAUGGAAACACAAUGAACUGUUGGGGAGUCUCUCUGGUACAACUGCCCAGAGAUAGGGGCCCACAAUCAUCCUCUUUUGUUAGGAAAUAGCAGGUGGGCAUGAGAGGAAUGAGGCACCACUGGAUGCCAGAACAGCACCUUUAAAAGCAACAUAUACUGCAGGAAUGGGACCUCUGAGGCCUUGCCAGCCCCCCUCAUUUCCUUCAUCACUAACAGCACCCAGUCUCCCUCCAAAGCUGCACCCAAAGCUCCUGUUCCAUUCCGCAUGCCAGGAGACAGAUAGGCCAUGUGCUACAACUGUGGGUGCCAACCCCAUGUUCCCUCUGGGAUCCCCACAGUCUUCAUCUGCUGCCUGGGCAAUUAGAGCCCCCCACUUUUAUGUACCUGUACAUGAGCCUCAAAAUCUUUGUGUAGCAGGAACACCGAGGGCGCCCAUCUCUGUUUUAUGGGGACAGGUUUGAGCUACAGCAGUUCCCCCAUUCCUUCAACAAAAUCUUUGGCACUUUGGACUGCAUUUGGAAAAAUGUUUUUUUUGUGACAGGAAAAUCCAUUCUCUGAAAUAAAUAUCUCUUAAAGUAA